AUGCAGUCAUUGUGGACCGCGGCUCCCGCGAAGCCAGCGGCCCCAGGAGCAACAUGGACAGCCUCAUCUCACGAAAAGCGGCAACGUCAAUCGGUCUGCUCUAGCAAGGAGGAGGAAACAAAUGCACGGAUCCGUGGUUGUUUUUUGCAAGUGGUCAAGGAGACGGCGUUGUGCUUCCUGGUCCUUCAAGGGCAAGAAGAAACUCGCGAGAGAGUAGCCGCCGCCGCCGGCAGCGGCGGCAGCAGCAGCAGUGCCGAUGGCACGGGUGUAACAGUAAGAAGUCAGCAAGAACUAGUGAAAGGAAAAGGCGUGCUGUCCUCCAGCACCGCAGCGGCAUCGCUGACGGCGCGCCUGUUGCGCCAGGAGGCGGUUGUGUCAUACACACAAGAGGUGCUGUCGGCGGCGUUGCGUCGGAACACACAUUAUGCGGGGGAAUGUGCGGGAGGACGGGGGCGGCGGCGUGGCACGUACCUGCUAUUGCCGCCGGAAACGAAUCGUUUUCACCUUUGGGAAGAGAGAGUUGACGUUGGACGUGAACCACGAGAAGGUGUGGCUGACAUUCAGUCCAGCACGGAGUACCAGCGCUUCAAGGCCUACGUAGCCUCUGCCAAAGAUGAUUUCCGCCUCGUACACCAGGUCGAUGUGUUUGUCGAACGCCAACCCACAGGGCUGCAUGCGACGCUGCUGCCACACCAACUGGAUGGCCUCCGCUUUCUCGUGUCCCUCCAUGCCAACGGCAUCAACGGCAUCCUUGCGGACGAGAUGGGUGUAGGCAAGACCAUUCAGACGCUAGCGUUUCUCUUGUUUUUAAAGGAACGACGCAUGGAGAUGCCCUUGGCCUUUGCCGCGGCCACAGAAGCCACCGGCCUCACCUUGUCCUCGCUCCCUUGUCCGUGGUGCGGGAGUGGCGAAGCAUGCGCGCAGUUUGUGCCGGACAGCCUGCGCGUCACGACGUACGACGAGCUUGAAGACCCCGUAGAGGACGCAUCGCUCUACGAUAUCGUGCUCAUGCCCAUUCAUUCGGUGCGCUCGCCGUCCGUGCUUGACACGGCCCCGCACAUCUCCUGGGGAUACCUUGUGGUGGAUGAGGCGCACAAGGCGGUUUCUAAUCUGCGCACUCUUACUGCGCAGGCAAUCCUGCAACUCCCCUAUGAACGCCGCCUUGUCUUGACUGGCACGCCGCUGAACAGCGACCUACAAGAGCUGUGGUCGCUGCUGUAUUUUUUGAACUCGGAGGUGUUCACAGAUGGCGACUCAUUCGACGAGAUCUUUCGCCGUCCGUUCGCCACCUAUGAGGCCGCGGAAAUGGAGCUGUCCUCGGAGGAGCGUGGCUUACUCGUUUUACGCCUCCACCAGAUCCUGCGUCCGUUUAUGUUAAGGCGCACCAAAAGGACGUGGACGCCAACUUGCGCAUGA